AACGUCUACAACUUGAAGCACUACUAGGCACCAGCGUUCUCAUCUCAAACCAGUCAGCCCACAAUGUCAUGGAGUCAGGUCUCGUCCACGCGCCAUGAGCGUCCCUUCGACACGAUCGAAACCUUCUAUCGCGCCAUUGCCGCGGCCGGCGCGCCGCUAAACAAAGAACACUACUUGAUCACCUGCACUGCGCGCCUGGAAGUACCACUGCCGCCAGCUUCCGCAGUCGAACAGACGUGGAAAGCUCUCCGCCAACUCUACCCCCAACUGGCCGCCGAAGCCGCCGAAGCCGCCGACACCGACCGCGGACCGCGCUUCGUGUAUGAGGUAGUCACCUCGACUGCCGAGCUCGACGCCUGGGCGCGUGACACCUUCCACGUAGAUCCCGAUCGCAGCGCGGACGAUCUGUACGAGCAGCUGACCCCGUCCCAGCGCUUCCAUCUCUACUACCUGCCGGCCACAGCAGAGUUGGUCUUCCGUACGCCGCACUGGCGGAUUGACGGUAUCGGUCUACUCCAUCUGCAAUCCGUGUUCGUGCAAUUGCUGGCUGACGGGACUGAUCCUAUGGUGUACGGGUCUGAGGCCGCUCGUCUCUGUCCCGCGCUGGACUGGGUCGCCGCGGGACUCGGCUCGAUCGAGAACCCCGGGGGGUUGAGGGAGGCCGAUGCCGGUGCCGGUGCCGGUGCCGGUGCCAGUGCCGCAGCAGAUGAAGAGCUCCAGCCGUUCCUCGGCGAGGAAGGCGGAAGGAGGAGAACGAGAAUGCUUCAGCUGCCCACGCUGCCCGUCACUCUCCCCGCCGGCCCGAAGCGCCUGCUCCAAGCCUUCGCCCCGGACACCACCCAGCGACUUCUGAGUGCCUGCAAGGCCCGCAACAUCACUGUCACGGCCGCCGCCCACGCUGCUUUAGCUCUUGCCGCUGUUCGAUUUGCUCUCCCCAAGCACGAACAACAACAACAGCAACAGCAGCAGCAGCAGCAGCAGCAGCAGCAGGACUACGUAGGUUUCAACGCCAUCGAUCUGCGACGCUACCUCCCUACCCCCUGGAAUGGGCCCGCCGCAGCCAUCUCCCUCUACCACACGGGCCUCCCCUUCCGCGUGCCCCUUCCCGCCCCUCCUCCCUCUUCUACCCCCACAGCCGCAGCCGUGCACAACCAAGAAGAAUUCGCCCGCCUCAGCCAAACCUUCACAACCCUCUACCGCCGCAAUCUCCGCCUCUCGACCCCCCAGAACAUCUUCGACUUCCUCCCCACCUACGUGGAGCGCGUCAUGCAGCUGCUAAGCCGCACCCCAGCGGACCCGCUCGAGGGCGCGUCGCACCCGGAGCUGAGCUCGAUGGGCCGCGUGAACGAGACCCUGCCCGCGGAGGCAGUGCGGGGGCGGGCGCGCACCGUGCGGGUGGCCGACUGGUGGGUGGCGGUCGAGGUAAUCAACCGGCUGCUGUUGACGAACGUGUGGACGUGGGCGGAGCGGUUGGUGCUGUCCGUGAAUUGGAACGAGGCGUUCUAUGCGCCGGAGCUGGUGGAGGAAUUGUUGCAGGCGUGGCGGGAGGAGUUGGUGCAGGGGCUGUUGGAUGAUUAG